AUUUUUAAUAAAAAGAAAUAGUAAAAGUAAAAAAUUAUAAAUAAAGUAUAAAUACACACCGAAAUUAUAAAAUAAGUAUGAAAAAAAUUUGUAUGUAUGUUUUGUUGUUGUUUGAAGGAAAAUGAAUGCGUGUGUACUUUUUUGUUGCUGCUGCUGUUGUUGUUUUCAAUGCACUAAAUACUACAUGAGUAUUUAAUACCAGAUAAUGAUGAGUGGGUAUACAUAUUUAACUACACCUACAAUCUGAUUUACUACAAACUGCAACAGCAACAACAAUGUAGUAUGUUGUAUGGUAGAGUACAACAAAUGGAUAACAACAAUAUUACAAUUAAAAAAAAAAACUACAACAAUGAAAACAACGAUAACUAUCAAUUAAUCAGUAUGUUUGAAAAUCAAAAUAAGAAUUUAGAAAAAUUAUUAAAUAACAACAACAAGAAAAACAACACACACAAACACAUAGCACAAUACAACAAGUCAAAAGAAAAUCAUAGUGUUCAACAAAUUUAAAAUAACUAACCUCCUAAAAAAAGCAACAAACAAGUAUUAUUUAUUAAAUAAAAUAAAAACAACAAACACAUCAUAAUUGAAUAUCUCCACAGAGAACGUAAAAGUGAGAAAACAAAUUAGCAAACAAAAAUAAAAGUUAAACUCACCACCACCACCACCCAAAACACAACUUCACCUCUAUUAAACGCCUCAAAAUCGAAAGAAAAAAAAUCGAAACAAAACGAACAACAAUAAUUGCAUUUAGUUGACUAGCAAUGCUGCUGAUUGGUGCCCUAGCAUUGGGUUUAGUCGAGUCAACACAUUCAAAUUUGGGCAUCAAUAGUUUAAGUUACAGUACAGUGGCCAGCAGCAGUGGUAGUGGCAGUAGCAGUAGUAGCAGCAUUGGAGCUAUUGGUCUUGGUGGCAGUGAUGGUGUCAUCAACUCUGUGAUCGAAACAGCAGCAGCUGCAGCAGCAGGUGUUGGUGGUGUCAGCAGUAGUAGUAGUAGUGGAUCCUCCAGUGGAGGAGUUUCUUCGGCCGUCUCAAUAUUUUCUCAACCCACAAUGAAUGCAGUCACCGGUCAUGGUAAUGGUGGCGGUGCGGUUGGCGUUGGUGGUAUGAUUGUAACAAGUUCUAAUACUGGCGGUGCCUUAUCCUGGGACAACAAUGCCACCAUACGUUCAGCCACUACGGGCGACUGGUCAAUUGAACAGUGCAUUAUAUGGCAGCGACCCCACCACAUGUAUUUUCAAUUAGGAAAUGCCUUUUUACUUUUGGCUUUUCUAGCACCACAUCGACCGUUUGGCAUUUUAUGGUUGCGUGCAAUGCUCGUAAUCGGAGCCAUUCUGCUAGCCAUGUAUGGCUAUUUGAUUGAUUGCGCUCAAGAUGUUGUGCUGUGGUCGUCGUUAUUUUUUGGCGUUAACACGAUUUACCUGAUAGCAGCAUUAUGUCGCCUGCGACCCGUGCGAUUCGAUAGAGAAAUUGACGCAGUUUAUGAGGCUUUAUUCAAACCAUUGCACGUAACACGACAUCAAUUUAAAAAAGUUUUGAACUGCAUGAAACUGAUACGUGCCCUCAAAUAUCAGGAGGUGUAUGCACAAGAAAAAGUUACCAAAGUCGAUAGUCUAUCGUUGGUAUUAUCGGGAAAGUUAGUGGUAUCACAAAAUCAACGAGCAUUACAUAUAGUAUUUCCACAUCAGUUCCUAGAUUCCCCAGAAUGGUUUGGUGUUUCAACGGACGAUUAUUUUCAGGUCUCAAUUAUGGCCAUGGAAGAAUCGAGAGUUCUGAUAUGGCAUCGGGAUAAAUUAAAAUUAUCCAUAAUGUCGGAACCGUUUUUACAAACAGUUUUUGAUCACAUACUGGGACGUGAUGUGGUCAAAAAAUUAAUGCAAGUAACACAGGUUAGCGAGUCAAUUGCCAGUAAUGGAUUUUUACCAUCCGGUAGUUAUGAUGAUGCAGAAGAUAAACCGAUGCUCAUUAUGAAAAAAAGUGUGGAAGGACACAGUUUAACAGCUUUAAUAAAUCGACAAUUGCAAGAAGAGCAUGUGCCUCUUUUGGGCCGUACAUACACUACUAAAACUUUUCAGUUGUACAAGCCUAACACAGGCCUCGGCCUAAGCAACGACGAUGAAUCCUGCUCAGCAGCUGAAUAUACUACCACCUCAGACAUACCACCGUGCCUGAUUAUAAAAGAAUAAUUUCUUUAUGUUUUACUUUCCUUUUUUAAAAAUUUUAAGUUUAAAAACACAUACAAUACUACUAAUAACUACCACCCAGCUAUAGGAAAAAAGUCAAAUUUUGUAUAGAAAAACAAAAAAAAAAACUACUUUAUAAAUAGAACAAAAGGAAAUAGGUUAAUAAGCUAUUUUAUUAACUAAAUUAACAAAAUAAUUUAUAACUAGAAUAUAAAAUGAGUUAGAAUUAAUUGUAAAUCGAUAAAAAUGAAAAUAUUAAAAAAAAGAAAACAAACUAAACCAAAUAUUAAUGUUUAACAUUAUUAUAAAAACAAAAAACUACUAACAUUAUGCAAUUUAAGUGUAUUCUCACAGCUUAAGGAAAUAUUGAAUUUAUAAAUAUGUAUUUUUAAUUAGGAUUUAUAAAAAAACAUUACUAAACUGUAUUUGCCUCAAAAAAGACAGUUAAUAAAAUGAAGUUUUUUUUUUAAACUUUUUACAUAUAAUAAACUAAUUUACACUGUUUAAUGGUGAUUAUCUUUUGUAAAAAGCAAAUUGUAUUUCAAACUGAAUUAUAAUUCCAACUGAUAUAUAAUUUGUAAGAUUUUUAAAUUCCAUUAAAGCUUUUUACGUUCAAUAUAUUGCUAUUGAAAUUUGGAAAUAAUUCUGUAACAUUUUUUCUAACAAGUAAUCAAAAUAGAUUUGCAAAAAAUAAUUUUACAGCCUAUUUAUCGAUAUCUUAAGAAUAGCUACUAAGCGAACGAAAAGUAAUCAAUCAAAUUCUAGUAGAAAACCCCACCAAACAACUUAUACCUUCAUAUAGGAAGUUGGAACAUCCGAACAUAAUUUCACCAGAAAAAAGUAGUCUUCACCAGAAAUAAGUUUUAGAGUUUUAAUGUAGUAUAUAUUAGAGUUUAAAUUAUCUAUACCAGGUUAUAUCGUGAGAAUUUUGUGGUCUCCACCAGUUAAAACCAUAACUUAGAAAAAAUUAUAGAAAGUAGUGCAUUAAAUUAGUACGGUGGUGAGAAGUAAUUCUGUCGAAAGCCCAGCAAUAAGCACAAGCUUGAACGUCCUUAAGAAAUAAAAACGAUGACGCGAGAGUUGUUCCCCAACUCAGACCUGAAUUACGACUGUCAGUAAUUUUGUAAACUCUGAACAGGUGUUCCAUACAAAAUCAACUAUUGUGAAUGAAUUGUUCACAACAAGUUCACGAUAGCAAUUUUCCCAUCCAGUGAAAAGAAAAUUUCAAGGGAACGAACUUUUCACUUCUAUAGGCGAUAGGAGUGUAAUAAAUUCAAAUAAAUUUUCAAAAAAAAAAAAAAAAUGCAGUUAGAAAAGAAUAAUGUACCAGAAAGCCCCCUUUUAUAGCUUUUUAUUUAAUUAGGAGGAUCUGUGUUUACUUCAGUUGAAAUGACGAAAAGUACCAAAAACCUUUUAAGGCAGGUUUUUCUAAUAAAGAUAAUCUACAUUCCUUGUUUAAACAUAGUUUAAUCUAUGUUUUGUGUUUUUCAGUAAUUGAUUACGUUACAUUAAACCUAAGUUAUAAAUGAGAAAACACAGACAACACAAACAAUAAAAUAAUCAAUUUUGAAGAAGAAAAACUUAA